AUGCUGAAAGCUAUACAGAUUCUUGGUUCAUCUUCAUUUGGGUUCGUUUCCCUUCCUUGCAGAUUUAAGAGGAAGCCGCAAGCAAAUUGUGACCUCUAUUUCUUAUCAAGAAAACCCAUAAAAGCAUCAAAUUUAUCGUCAUUAAGAUCAAAAGCAUCUUCUUUUGCUUUUCGGAUUCGCUCCCACAUUCAUUCCGAUUCAAACCCGUAUGGUGCUUCAUCUUCUUCCUCUACAUCCACACCAGUUCAAUCAACUGGUAUUCGUAAGAUCAAUUUCUGCCAGUCGUGUGGUGGCCGAACAAAGCAUGAGAUACCUGAUGGGGAGGAGAAGAUGAGGGCUAUUUGCACAUCAUGUGGGAAAAUUAUUUAUGAGAACCCGAAAAUGGUUGUGGGUUGCCUCAUCGAGCAUGAAAACAAGAUACUACUGUGCAAGCGGAAGAUUCAUCCAUCAUUUGGCCUUUGGACACUUCCUGCUGGUUACAUGGAGAUUGGGGAGUCUGCUGCUGAAGGAGCAAUUAGGGAAACCUGGGAGGAGGCAAAUGCAGAAGUGGAAGUUUUAUCACCAUUUGCUCAUUUGGACAUCCCUCUUAUAGGCCAAACAUAUAUUAUUUUCUUGGCCAAGUUGAAGAGACCCCACUUUUCACCGGGCCCAGAAUCUUCAGAUUGCCAGCUUUUUGCUCUUAAUGAUAUUCCUUUUGAUUCUUUGGCAUUUUCGUCAAUGCUGGUCACCUUACAACUGUACAUUGAAGAUACAAAAGUUGGAAGACCCAUGUUUCACUAUGGCAUCAUCAAUAAAAGGCCCGGUACAAGCCCUUCUGAGAUUCAUGCCUAUACUCUCGAUCAUCAUCUGAAAUCUUGA